AUGACGUUACGUAGAAGAUGGAAGGAACAAAACUUUUCCUGCCGUCGACCAUUGAAGAAGCCGAAAUUGACUCCUGCCAUGCGUCUGAAACGCCUAGAGUUUGCAAAAAAAUAUAAACACUGGACUGUAGAAGACUGGCAUAAAGUUUGCUUCUCUGAUGAGUCGAGUAUCCAGAUCUUGCAAGACCAUACGCAGUUUGUUCGUAGGAGACCAAAUGAGAAAUUCAAAGAAGACUGUAUUGUAGAGAGAGUAAAGCAUCCACUAUCCAUAAUGAUCUGGGGAGUUAUCAGUGCAAAGGGUAACGGACGCCUCUACAUAGUGGAAAAAACCAUGCGGCAGGAUCAGUACAUUAAAGUUCUGUCAGAAAAACUGAUCCCACAGACAUCAGAAUGGUUUCCUAAUAAGGAUUUCCUGUUUAUGCAUGACUCAGCCCCGUCAUAA